GAAUCCAACUUUAUUGACAGCACGAGCGUGAGCGGAAACGGUACACAUGUGCUAUCUUGUAUGUCUGAAGGUUACAGAAGAAGCAGCGGGUAGGUUUCUUGUCGGCUAUCCGCUGGGGAGAGUCACCAGGACGGCGUGUUUGUGGUUUAAGCCGGGUGUGAGCAGCACUGAAGCGGAGACAUGGAUCCCAUGAAGGCACAGCAGCUUGCAGCGGAGCUAGAAGUGGAAAUGAUGGCUGAUAUGUACAACCGAAUGACCAACGCCUGCCACAGGAAGUGCGUACCGCCACAUUACAAGGAGGCAGAACUGACGAAGGGCGAGUCAGUGUGCCUGGAUCGCUGCGUGGCCAAAUAUCUGGACCUUCAUGAGAGGCUAGGACGCAAGCUGACGGAGCUCUCCGUCCAGGAUGAGGAAAUGAUGAGGAAAGCAGCUGUGGGGAGCGGAUAGAGACACUGAAGAAGUGCGGGGGAUUACAAGGUUCUGGGAUAGGGUUAGCAUGUCUGAUUUCUCUAAGAUGAGAGACUUGUAUUUCAAUGUGUGUUGGAUUUUUUUGGGGAAAAGAAAACCUGUUAAUGCUGUUGAGGGUCCACUGUCAGAAACUGCUUCCUCCACUGCAGUAGAGGCUGAGACAUCGGAUGGGGCUGGAGGGACCCCUGGAGCACUUGGUGGAAAGCCAGCACGAGGACAUCUUCCAGCCUCUCUGGAUGUGUCACAUCAGUUUUACAUUCAGCUUAGCCUGGUCUGCAACAAGUCACCUGAAAACUGAGUGGAAAGGAAAAGGACCUGGGACAUGUAACAUUGUUUCUAAAUGAUACUCUGUGAUUGUUUUUAGCUGUGCUGAGUGCAAGAAGGGUGUCUUUCUACAUGGAGCAGGUUAAAAUAAACACAAGAAUGAUUUGCAUUUUGUCUUUGUUCAGAAUACCAUGUGAACUCUGGAACUUUUUUUAUUUUAUUUUUUUGAGAAGCGGUGAAAUCAACAUGAGCCCUCUAUUAGCCCUCUUCAUUAGGUUGCAACAGGUAGUGAUAACAAUUGCAAGUUGUCUGUCAUACAAAGUAAUACUAUUCAAAUCCAGUACAUGCAUCAGAGCCUGUACUGAAUUAUGUGUGAAAGGAUUGCACAAGAUGGUGCACGGUUUACUGUUUUUCCAACCUGGGGUGGUUCUGUGUUAGCUUUUUCUGUAACAACUAUUCAGACACAGACUGUCGGCCAGGCCAUUCUGGUUACAAGGUCUUAUUUGAGGAGGGAAUGAACUUUGCUCAUUUCUCAUUCUUGUAUAGACUGUGUUGUGCUGCAUGUCAGUGGACCAUGUUCUUUUUUCUUUUUUUUUUAACUGCGUAACGUUUUAUUUCAUCUGUGCACACUAUCGGUGACGCAGCUUUUUUUUGUCUGUUAGAAGCUGCUCAGCGUUUUGUUGUUACUAAUUACUCUAAUAAAACAGUGUCAUCCUUA